AUGGCUUCCUCACUAUCACCAGUCUCGAAAUUCGACCCCAAGAACAUGGAGUUCCGAUAUCUUGGUCCUACAGGACUUAAAGUUUCGGUCUUCUCGCUAGGUGGUUGGAUGUCAUAUGGUAAACACGUUACUGGGAACCCCGUGAAAGAUUGCCUUCAAGCUGCUUGGGACCAUGGAAUCAACUAUUUCGACACUGCCGAAUCCUACUUCAAGGGAGAAUCCGAAAUCGCAAUUGGCCAAGCUUUGAGGGAGCUAGACUGGCCAAGGGAAGAAUAUGUCAUCUCGACGAAGAUAUUCUUCGGAACAGGACGAAAAGAACCGAACUGUCGUGGUCUCUCCAAAAAGCAUGUUGUUGAAGGCCUCAAACAAUCCUUGAAGCGACUGCAACUCGAAUACGUCGAUGUCGUCUUUGCUCAUAGAAUGGAUCCGAAUGUCCCAAUGAGAGAAGUCGUUGAAAGCUUCACCCAAGUCAUUCGAAAUUUAAACUUCGCCUAUUAUUGGGGAACCUCUGAAUGGACAGCCGCGCAAAUCCAAGAGGCCACUGCCAUCGCAGAGAAAUAUAAUCUGAUUGCCCCGGUUGUGGAACAGCCUCAGUAUAACAUGUUCGCUCGAGAGCGGUUUGAAAACGAAUAUGCACCCUUAUACUCCAGCUUUUCCUAUGGCACAACUAUUUGGUCCCCCUUGAACUAUGGUAUUCUAACUGGAAAAUACAAUGAUGGUAUUCCUGAAGAUUCGCGUUUCGCAAAAGAAGGAGAUUUUUUCAAAGACACGAUUACCCGCCUUCGUAGCCCUGAGGGACAAGAAAAAAUUGACAAGGUCAAAAAAUUAACCACAAUUGCGGAAAGAUUGGGGACUACAACUGCAGCUUUAGCUCUCGCAUGGUGUGCUAAGAAUAAUAAUGUUACGACAGUCAUCUUGGGUGCAACGAAGGUUGAGCAGGUAGUGGAGAACUGUAAAGCUUUAGAAAUUAUUCCAAAGCUCACGGAAGAAGUACUAGAUGAGAUCGAGGGAAUUUUGCAGAAUAAGCCAGAGGUGAAACAACAGAUCUGGACUCAAAGGUAG